AUCUCCGUCGGAAAGCUCAAAAUAAUAAAAUCUAAGUUUUUGGUCUAACCAUGAGAAAUCGGUCGAAAGAAAGUAGAUACAGGGGCCUAGCAGACGACAGAUACUUCAGAAGGAAUGAUUUCUAUCAAAACUACCACGAAGAUUAUUCAAUUAGCCAUCGUUGCAAUCAUAAAUUUUCCAAUCUCUUUAUGCAUAUGGUGCACAAGAAAUUCGCUGCAUUUGCAUUAUUUUCGGCAACUGCAUUCGUGAUGCUGCUCAUUUACAUAAAUUUCGAUAAACAUUUUAUUGCUGAGCGCACGGCCAAAGCUAAACUUUUUCCACCCAAUCCGGAGAUACCGCUGCCACCGUCAUCGGUAAAUGUACGUCGAUUUAAAAAUGCGGCCAUAAAUACGGAUUCCGAGGAGUGCAGUUCAAUAGGACGAUCGAUAAUGCAGAAAAAUGGAAGUGUAAUCGAUGCAACCAUUUCUGCGAUGUUCUGCUUAGGAUUGACGUCGAUGCAGUCAAUGGGUCUAGGUGGCGGCUUUCUGAUGAAUCUUUUCAUCGAAAAAGAAGGAAAAGCGUACACAAUAAAUGCUAGAGAACGAUCACCGAUACUGGCUAGAAACGAAUCGUACAACGCGCACAAGUCGGAGCAGAACAAAAUGUUUACUGGCCCUCUGUCGAUCGCUAUACCUGGAGAGGUACUCGGCUAUUGGGAGCUACAUAAACGAUUUUCCGUUAUGAAAUGGCACGAACUAAUUGAACCAACGAUCAAACUCUGUGAAAAUGGAUUCGUUCUGUCCAAACAUAUGGCCGACUCUUUUCGUUUGCAUACUGCUAUCAAGGACAUUCCAUACUAUCGUGAAAUGUUCUUGAACCCUGAUACUGGCUAUAUGCCAAGGAAGCCAGGAUCUAUAGUGAAACCACCGCAGAGUUUAUGUUUAACUUAUCGACUGUUGGCGAAAAAUGGUGGCAAGGAUUUUUAUACCGGACAAUUAGCUGAACAUAUUGUGGCCGAUCUGAGAGAAAUGGGAAGCAUCAUUACGAGAAGGGACCUGGAGUUGUACAAAAUUCUUAUAAACGAAUCGAUACCAAUCAAACUUACCGACAAUGAGACCUUGCACGUUACACCACCCCCAUCAAGUGGAUUAAUAGUUUCCUUCGCAUUGAGCAUAUUGCGAAAAUGCAAAAUAACCAAGGAUUAUCGAAAUAAGGCCGUCAUCUAUCAUCGAAUUAUUGAAGCUUUAAAAUUUGCGUUUGCUCAACGACCGAGAUUAAGCGAUCCUCUGUUCGAAGAUACUCGUUCGAUAAUUUCGUAUUUAACAUCCGUCGAAACAACCGACAGACUCAGCAAAUUUGUCAACGAUGAACAAACAUAUCAUUCGCAAUUUUACAAUCCAAAAUUUUCCAUCAAAAUAAAUUUCGGCACAUCACAUCUGUCCAUCAUAGCACCGAACGGUGAUGCAGUGUCGGUGACUAGUUCCAUAAAUUAUUAUUUCGGUUCAGGAUUAGUCGGCAGUCGAUCUGGCAUCAUAUUCAACAGUGGAAUGGAUGACUUUUCCUAUCCGCAACAAUCGAAUUAUUUCAAUUUGCCCCCGUCGCCAUUCAAUUACAUUCAGCCUUUAAAACAAGCCGUAACGUCUAUGACACCGAUAAUUAUCACCGAUAAUUUGGGAAAGGUAAAAAUCGUAAUCGGAGCAGCUGGUGGCGCUAAAAUCAUAUCAUCCGUUGUAAAUGCAUUGGUUCGGAUACUAUGGAUGGGAGAAGAUAUAAAACAAGCAAUCGAUGCACCGAGAUUACAUCACCAAUUGAUACCAAUGAUUCUAGAAUAUGAAUACGGGAAUGAACAGAGUAUAAUCAGCGAGCUUGAAAAGAGAGGACACGUUAUGGAGCGAUAUUCGAAUCGUGGUUCGAUCAUUAAUGCUUUGUACCGAAACGAAAGUGGAAUUUUCGGAAUAGCUGACUACCGGAAACUGGGCGAAGUCAUCGGUUUCUGAUUCGUUUUUCGGUGAAAUGUCGUUAUUACGUUUCGUUCGGCACUACAAUAACGACAACUGACGACCAAAAUUGUGUUUAGUAUUAAUUAAUGAGUGAUGGACAAGCAAUUGAUACAGGGAAAAUCAGCCCGUGUCAGGACAAUUUAUUGUGGAUUCGAUGUGAUGGCCAAAUCUAAGAUCAUCGAACAGUUCCUCAGUUUAUACUUACCAAAUUGAGGACUACAUUCCUAAAUUGAAGAUGCAAUUCGAUAACUUUUGUUGACUUUUUUAACAAACUUUGGUAUCACAACUCACAAAAUCUUUUGUAGUCCAUAAUAAAUGAUAGAGGGGGAAAUAUGAACAGAACAUAUCUAUUCCUCUUCAGUACAACGGUACAGGCUGAGUCUUUGCUGUGCGAGCAUGGCAGUCCACUGUCUUUGUUUAAAUUUAUCAUUCUUCGAUGAAUAUCGGGUGCGAUCGACUCAUAUAUCUAUACUGAAUAGACUGGAUCAAUAAUUAUGUAUAAGGCACGUAGACGUUGUGAAAUUCCUGUGAAACAAACCCGUUCAUUUUUUAUUUGGAGAAAAACCAUUCAGAAACGGCACCUAUUAUCGAAAAUAAAAUGACGUGAAAAUGAGUGAUUGGCUACCGCUUCUUUAUUAUAGCCAAACGUAAAAUGUUAAGGUAAAUGAAGUAACAGAUUUUAUAUCAAACACUGACAAUACUACUGAUUAUAUGGCGAUACGUUUGCCGUUUGUGAAUGGUUCAUUUUUCUUUUAUAAACUUACGGAAAACGCGACAUGUUUUUCCUUAUCUUUUGUUGAAAUAUUUAAUUUGAUUAUUUAUCUGUGAUAGUGAUAACUGUAUGUGUAAAUGUACUGAUCAUUCGUAUAAUAUAUCAUGUAAGAAUAGAA